AUGGAGCAGUACUUCUCAGCCACGCAGAAGAUGGAGCAGGAGGUGAUGUUCCCCAGCCUGCUGCGAGGGGUCUUCCUGCAGGAGGAGGGGGCAGCCCCGGCUGCCGAGAGCCGCACGGACCUCUACGAGCGCUACCAGCUCCUCAAGGCCAUCAAGCCCAUGGUGGAGAAAGGCCUGGCCUCUGGGGGUGACCAGAGCCCCAGCGGUGCCGACACCGACGGCGACGCAUCCUUGGACAGCAACGGGGCCGAGGAUGCCCAGCUGGAGGAGCGCCUGUCCCAGCACCUGACUGGCCUGCAGCAGGUCCUCACCCACCUCACCAGGGACACCAACGCCCUGACCCGCAGGUACAGCCAGAUCCUGGAGCAGAUCAACCUCAGCGAGGGACAGCCCAGCUGGUGACCCUGUCCUGGCCACCAGGACAGGUGCUGGUGUCAGGAAGCACAAGACGUCCCCGUGGCUGACCACUGCAGGCUCUCCCCAGUCCCGCUGGCAUUCCCCGCUCCGUGGCAGCUGAUGGGAUCUCCCGGCACCGGCACCGGAGAUGGCUGUGAGCACUGCAGGACCAGAUGGUGCCUUAUCCUCAUAGGAAGAAGCAUCCGGCUGUGCUGGCCAGGCCAUUGGAAGGGCUGCAUGCUCCUGGCCUCCUCUUUAUUUUCAAAGAGCGGCACCAAGUUGGGAGUUUUGUGAUGUGACCAUGACCUCUUUACAGUCCGUGGAGAUUGCCAAGCCCUUUUCCAGCUGGUACCUGGACUCCAAGGGCUUUUCCCACUGUUUUUGCUAAUAAAAGAAUCCCUGGGAA